GCAGGCGAGGGGUGAGCGCGGGGAGGCCCGAGGCGGUCCGGCACGCGGUUUAACCGUGCGGGGCGUACACACGUGGCGCUGCGGCGCUCCGCUUGGAGCGGCUCUGCGGGAACCGCUCCAAUUUCAGCGCCCCGCCACCGAGCGCAGUGGCAGCGCGUUACCGGUUUGGGGGCAGCACUUCUUACAGCCGUCGUUAUUGUGGGUGGAAACGUACCCAGCGAGCAACCCCUUCGUUUUCCUUGCCAUCGUUCGCGGACCCUUGAGACGUGUGCGCGCCCCCCGGACCGCAGGCUAACCAGGGUCGCUGCGAUGGCUGCUCUUGAGAAACGCCCGGACCGGAGGUUCCAGCGAGCCAGCCCGCCAGACUCCAGCACAGGUCAGAAGAGUUGUUCCCUGGAGACUGACUGGAAAACCCCAACUCUGUCUGCAAAGUUCCAGAGUCACUUUGGGCGCUGUUCAAGUACGGCUGACAGUGGGGACACGGCAAUUGGAACCUCCUGUUCAGACAGCACAGAGGACUUCUGCACUUCCAGUGGCAGCACCUCAUUCCAGCCCAUUAAAACCCAAGUGACCAUCCCCACAGCCCAUGUCAUGCCUUCCACAUUGGGCAUGUCGCCUUCCAAGUUCUGCUCCGCAGGAGAGCCAAACUCUUUGCAGAAGGUGCCGUUAUCAUCGAAACCAGCUCUGUCAGCAUCCUCCACUGACAAUGCAGGGCUGACAAGAAACGGAGACCCUCAUGCUGUAAAAUUGUCUCAAGGGCCACCCAGGGAGCUCCUGCAGCUCUAUGGGACUUCCGGGGAAAACAGUUUUGAGCAGUCCUGGCUUCCCCAUGCUGAGCACAUGAGAGUGGAAGAUAAUCGGAAAUUUGACAUGCCUGCCCUUGAGUUCACCCUUAACCGGUCUCUUUGGAUGGAUAAUCUGUGCUCUGAUCCUCACCGCAAGUUCCAGAAAUGCAAUCCAAGCACUGCUGCCGCCGAUGCAGCAAAGGAGCCUUAUAAAGUGCUACCAGAGACGCAAACUGCACCUGGGGCUAGUGGAGUCUGUGAGCCCCGCAACGGGACAUGGCCUCGUGGGAGCAGAGCCACGCCAGUAGGACUUCAGCCCAAUAACAUCUUUUCAAAGCCAGGGGCUCCUCAGGCACAAGCAUGGAGGCAAGAACCUUGCACGUGGCAUCCGCAUGAGAAGGUUUGUGACCUUGGCACGUGGAAGCAUCAGCUGGACAACAUCAGAGUGCGCGUAGAACAGAUGCAGUUACAAAAUGGAGUUGCUUGCAACCAUUCCUCAAUGUAUCCCACGCCGCUGCAUUCAGUCGAUCCAGCCCAGUGGGUCAGUAUCCUGAGCGCCAAUGACAAUCUACUCAAGGAGAAAGAGCUCCUCAUUGACAGGCAGAGGCAACACAUCUCCCAGCUGGAGCAGAAGGUUCGAGAGAGCGAGCUGCAGGUUCACAGUGCUCUGCUUGGCUGUUCUACCCCCUACGGAGACGUUUGCUUAUUGAGGCUGCAGGAGCUGCAGCGGGAAAACACUUUCCUGCGGGCACAGUUCACUGAGAAGACGGAUUCCCUUAAUAAGGAAAAGAUCGAACUGGAGAGAAAGCUGGCUGCUUCCGAGUUGGAUACGAGGCGUAUUCGGGAGACGAUGAAGGAGACGGUACAGAAGUAUGCAGAGGAAGUAAAGAAGCAGGAAGAGCGGGUAAAAGGGAGAGACAGACAUAUUAACGGCCUGAAAAAGAAAUGCCAGAAGGAGUCUGAGCAAAACCGGGAGAAGCAACAGAGGAUUGAGACCCUCGAGCGGUAUCUGGCUGAUCUGCCAACCUUGGAGGAUCAUCAGAAGCAGAAUCAGCAGCUAAAGGAGUCGGAGCUGAAGAUUGCUGCUCUACAAGACACGGUGGCAGUGCUGGAGAGAGAGCUUGGAGAUGUCCGUGCUACGUGCAGGGAGCAGGAGGCACAGAUCGAGGCCCAGAAGCGCAAGGAGCUGGAGCUGCUUUCCACUGUGCACAGCUUGCAGGACAAGGUGCAGCAGUGCAUGACAAGUGCAGAGAGGGGAACUUCAGUUCAGGAGGUGGAGAAACAACAAGGAGAAUCGGAUUCUCUGCAGAAAGAAUGCGACCGACUCAGGAAGAUUAUGGACAAGCAGCAGAAGAAGAUGGAGCAGUUGUCUUCCCAAGUCAAGAGCCUAGAGAACCAGGUGGCCCAGGAAGAAGGAACCAGCCAAGCUCUGAAAGAGGAAGCGAUGCGGCGAGAGAAUGCACUGCAGCAGCUACGCACAGCUGUGAAGGAGCUUUCGGUGCAGAACCAGGACCUGAUCGAAAAGAAUCUGACGUUGCAGGAACGACUUCGGCAAGCAGAGCUGGGCCAGCCACUCCCCAGGGAGACCGCUCAUCUCGCCCACGAGUUGCACAGCGAGCUGACCAGCUGCCUGCAGGACUUGCAGUCUGUCUUCAGCAUUGUCACUCAGAGGGCACAGGGCAAGGAUCCCAACCUUUCCCUGCUCCUGGGCAUUCACACUGUGCAGUGCUCGGCCAAGGAGAAGGCAGACUUGCUGAGCCCAGAUGGACUUACAAAAACACUGACGGAGGUAAAGCAGCUGCACAGAGAGAUUGAGGACCUAAGGACAGCGAUACCAGACAGAUACGCUCAGGAUAUGGGAGACAACUGCAUCACACAGUGAGAGACGAGCUUUCCCCAGCAUGAGACGGGAACAGCUGGACAUGACUUGAAAAUCCCAGGAGACUUCAGCGCUCCUGCAGUGGAAAAACGUAUUGGCACCUUAGCAUCCCCCUGCUUGGGUACAGCUGUGGGGGUCACUCACAAGAAGUCAGGGAUUCUGUUGCCAAGAGUAUUCAGAUGCUGUUUGGCCAACCGGAUCUGUUCAGGGUCUGUGUUCAUUAGAUCCUUGCAGAGCUUUUGCUUCUGCCAUUGGCUUCAAGCUGGCCCCUGGCCUGUCUGUCCUUUCUAAUAAACUCUCCAAGCCAAUGCCUGGCGGAAGCACUAGCCUCGCACAGGUAUUCAGGAGUCUGGGGCGAUACACCUGUAACACCAUCGUACCAUGGUGCUACAGGCUUAUCUGAGACUCCUGCGUACGCGGUUCUGGCCUCCAGGUGACACGUAGUCAUUUGUGUACUGAGGCCUGUAUUGCUCAGGUAUAGGGAGCUGAUGUUUUCUGUAGCCAGCAGGAUCAAGCGCUGGGAGGCUAACACUGGUUUCUGACCAUGCUCCUCUGCUUGAUUGUACCUUCUGAGGCCUUAGGAUCUGAUCCCCCUCUGGGAGCAUCCUGAAUGCAGAUGCACAUUCAGACUGUGGAGGAAGGGGAUUACUGCUUGAAGUGCCUUUAGUCCUCUAGAGAGACUUCCUGCCCACAAACUGCUUUUUCAUGCCUAAUGCAUGUGCUGGUGAGGGGAGGAAUUGGUCUGUUGGCUCUUUCGUAGCCAUAAAGCAGUCCUGGACACGUGGGACCUGUCUGGCAGGACAGCUCCUCUGGGCAAGGAGCGCUGUUGCAGGUUGGCAGAUGCCCUGGCUCGCAGCCAGGCUGCCAUUUUCAUUGCAGAGCUGCCCCAGGGGAUGUCCUCGGUGUACAGCUGUGCAGGAUCUGAACAGAGCAAUCCUACAUCUCCCCCUGGCCGGAGGUUUCCCCCCUCCCUGUUGUUAAAUGGGUUGUAUUUAAAUCUCUUUGCCACUUUUUCAUUUCGUCAGCUUCCUGAAUCGUAAGGAGAACUUGGAAGCUGGAGUGUUUUCAGUUGAGAGGCACCACGGGGAGGCCUAGCUUUCUUCUUGGAUCCAAAGCUGAGACGUCACCUCCUUGUUUUUCGUUUAAAACCCCCCCACAAACCUGGUGCCCCCCGGCAGCGUGACGUUGCUCUAGGUUUGCGUCCAUCUCUCGGGUGAGCCCCCCUGGCCGAGAC